AUGCAGGAAUAUCUCGAAAGAAAGAAAAUUCAGCGCCAGGAAGAGGAGAGGGUUCGACAAAUCGAAGACGAGAAACGACGAAGGGAACAGGGUAAAACCCUUGUAAGUGCCAAAAUCAAAUUCCAGGAGGAUGAAAUGAGGCGAGCUGCUGAACAAACUAAACGAGAAAAGGCCGAAGAUAAGGCAUAUCGGUACUUCUACCCGAUUUUUUUUAACAGCACUAGGAGCCGAGGAUUUUUCUUCUAA